UGGUUUUUAUAUUGGGAUUUGAUUGUACAGGAACGAACGUUUUCCCUCGGGUCUCCUGUAAAAUCCUCCAUUUGAGGAACCCUUGGAAUUUGAAAAACCCUCCAGCCUGCGUUUGCGCUGCCUGCAAUUCAACCUUGUUCGAUUCGGCCGGGUCCACUCCUGCCGUCAGUCCGCCACGCGGUCACAGCCAGGCCAGCCCGUCCAAAGCCAAAGCAAGAAUCUAAAUGAUUUUUCUUUAAUAAAUAAUUAAGAAAAAUGGAAGAAUCUGAGAAAAGAAGGGAAAGGCUGAAAGCAAUGCGAAUGGAAGCGAAUCACGGAGGGAACGAUAGCAUUCUUGAGAGUUCAGGAAUGGUAAGUCAUGGCCUUUCCAAUCCUUUGAUUGAAGUUGAAACGGAAAGCCCAGCUAACUAUGCUUCUUCGAGAUUCGGCUAUUACACGGAUCCUAUGGCAGCAUUCUCUUCAAACAAGAAGAGUAGCCAGGUCUCUCAUCAGGUUCCACAACAAUAUUACAACACUCCCCCAAGACCAAGGCAUCCAGAUAUGUCUCACUCCCCAUCCUAUCAAGAUCAAUCUAUAAACUCUCCGGGUCGGAGAAUAUUCCAAGCACCUGGAGCCUAUUACAACUAUGGUCCUGUUGGGAGCCCAUCAUCCAGUCCUUCAGGUAGAAAUCCUCAGAGCACAUGGGGUGCACCAAUUGGUGAUUUUAAUUAUAGCAUUUCAUCUAAUUUGCCAAGAGGCAGUAACUUUACGAGCCCUGGCUUUGGACAAGGAGGUACUCCUAAUUUUAGUUAUGGCCGGGGCAGAGGUCAAAGAUACAACAGCAGUCCCUUGUAUGGUUCAGGACGUGGAGCGAGUCCAUAUCCUGAUUCAGGAAGAAGCAGGGGUAGAUCAUCAGGUUAUAAAAGCUUUAGUCCUGGUUCAGGACAGAGAGGAAGGAGAGGAGCGAGUUCGCAUGGUCCUGUCUCAGCAGAGCUAAGACCAGAUAUGUACUACAACCAUGAAAUGGUUGAAGACCCGUGGAAGGAGUUGAGCCCUGUUAUCUGGAAGGGUCAAAAUGUUAACCCAAACUCUGAGACAUCGUCGCUUCCCAAAUCCAUUAGCAUUAAGAAACCUAGAGUUUCAUUGGAAGUUUCGAAUAAAUCAACUUCUGAGCCAAGCCUAGCUGAAUACCUGGCUGCCUCGUUCAGUGAAGCAGCCAACAAUGAGGCUGGAGAUGAUUAGCCCAGCAGCAUAUGAAGAUUGUAAUUUCCUGGAUAGCUCGCCUCCUACAAAUGCAUCUGGUGGGUUGGCAUAUUCUGUAAUGGAUGCCAAUUUGUGCCAGCAGUUUACUACAUCUUGGAAACACCAACAAAUGAACACAGGUUGAGAUCAAUGCUUUUGGUAUAUCUGUAUUUGUAGAAUGUCUGGUUGUAACAUUUUAUCUAGUAGCCAACUUUUUUCCUAUCUAAAUUGUGUUGAACAAGCGUAGCGAUGUUCUUCUUUCCGAUAAAUAAAAGUUUAAAGAAUCUUUGAAAGUCAUAAUUGUGGGUAUGUUGCUGCGUAAUGUAUCCUUCUGGUGUUCCUCCUGGCUAUUGAGUAGUUGAAUGAAAUGUGAAGAAUAAAAGUCCUGCUUUUAUCUUGGCAAUGUGGUACAAUUUCAUGAAUAAAAUGCAGUGGCAUAAAGUUUUAUGUAA